AUGGCAGCAGCAACAGCGUCAGCGUCACCAGUGAUAAACAAUCUAAACCCAGGCCAGUAUGUUGGAUUCGAUUCCAUUACCCGCCAAAUCGAGACUAAACUUCUCAAGCGUGGUUUUCAAUUUAAUGUUAUGGUCGUCGGCCAAACUGGUCUCGGAAAAUCCACUCUAGUAAACACGCUAUUCGCAUCACAGCUGAUCGAUUCAAAGGGACGCUUGAACCCCGACGAGCAAUCACGCUCUACCACUGAAAUUCAGACUGUCUCCCACGUUGUCCAGGAAAAUGGCGUUCGACUCCGCUUAAACAUCGUAGACACCCCUGGCUUCGGCGAUCACGUAAACAAUGAUGGCUGCUGGGAACCUAUCGUCAAAUAUAUCAAAGACCAGCACUCUGCUUACCUCCGUAAGGAACUCACUGCGAUGCGUGACAAGUACAUUGUAGACACCCGAGUACACGCUUGUGUCUACUUUAUCAACCCCUCUGGCCAUAGUUUACGCCCUAUCGACGUUAUUGUCAUGAAAAAGUUGGCUGAAGUCGUCAACGUUAUACCUGUCAUCGCCAAAUCUGACUCUUUAACCUUAACCGAGCGUGAAGCGUUCAAGUCGAGAAUCGCUUCUGAAUUGGCUUACCACCAGAUUAAAAUGUAUCCUUUUGACGCCGAAGACGACGAUAGAGACGAGAGAGACAUCAACGAAGGUGUCCGCGAAACUCUCCCUUUCGCUAUUAUUGGCUCACAGAAGACUCUCAACGUUAACGGCAAUCAGGUUAGAGGGCGUAAAACGCGUUGGGGCGUGAUUGAUGUUGAGAAUGAAGACCACUGCGAAUUUGUUAAGCUUCGUAACUUCCUCACUAGAACUCACCUACAAGAUCUCAUCGAAACUACUGCGCAAAUCCACUACGAGGCUUUUAGAUCGAAGCAGCUGCUCGCUCUCAAGAACCAGGCUAACACCCCGUCUAAGCCUCAAGAAACUGCUUCUCCAUGA